GGGCGGCCGAGGCCGUCGCGGCUCAUUCGGAGAAUGGCCGCGGCCACGGCGUGCGGCUCCCCGCCUCCCCGCCCGCCCCGCGAGCAGCAGCCGCCGCCGCGGAAGCGGGGCGACUCCCGGCGGCGACAGGCCGCCCUCUUCUUCCUCAACAACAUCUCUCUGGACGGCCGACCGCCCUGCCCGCCUGCCGACAAACAGCCGUCGCCCGCCGGCCCGGGCGAGGGGGAAGAGGCGGUGGCGGAGCCGGCCGGAGCCCCCCCGCGCCUGCUGUCCCUGCCGCCCGCCUGCCAGUCGCCGCCCGCCCUGCUGCUGCCCGGCGUCCCCCCUCUCGCCGCCGCCGGAGCUAAAGGGGAGGCGGACCCCCCCCGCGGGGGCAUCUUCCUGCCGCAGCUGCUGGGCGGCCCGCUGUGCCCGCCGGCGCCGCCCGCCCUGCCGGGGAUGCUGGUGCCCGCCAAGCCGGGCGCCCCGGGGCUGCUGAGCCCCACGCAGAGCGCGGCGGGCGGUGGCUUCACGCUGGAGGCGCAGCGGCAGAGAAGGCGUUUUAUCUCCCAGCGCUGCUCUCUAGACUUUUUAGAAGACGUAGUGGAAUAUGCCAGUGUACGAAGAACCAAGCAUAUAUCUGGGUCUCCAAGACACAAAAGUUUGAAGAAGAUGCACUUCAUCAAGAACAUGAGGCAGUACGACACCAAGAACAGCAGGAUAGUGUUAAUCUGUGCUAAACGAACACUGUGUGUGGCUUUUUCUAUCCUACCUUACGGGGAGAGUUUACGGAUCACCGAUCUCAAAAUGGAAGGACAGAAGCAACGACAUCCUUCUGGGGGAGUUUCAGUCUCCACUGAGAUGGUGCUUGGACUGGAAGGUGUAGAGCUGGGUGCUGAUGGCAAGGUUGUCUCCUAUGCAAAAUUCUUGUAUCCCACCAAUGCCCUAGUUGUUCGCAAAGCCGACAGCCAUUGUGUUGUUCCCUCAUGUCGAGCUAGUGCUUCACGGAGUCUUCCUGGAUCAAGAUAUAAACCUGUGACAGGAAAAACGAUACCAGCAGGAACAGACAUUGGAAGUGAAGCUGGGGACGCCGCAGAGUAUGAUCCAAAUCUUCUGGAUGAUCCUCAGUGGCCGUGUGGAAAACAUAAACGUGUGCUCAUCUUUGCCUCUUACAUGACUACAGUCAUAGAAUAUGUGAAACCCUCGGACCUUAAAAAGGAUAUGAAUGAAACCUUUAGAGAGAAGUUUCCUCAUAUCAAGUUGACACUGAGCAAAAUUAGAAGUUUAAAGAGAGAGAUGCGGAACCUGAGUGAAGAGUGUAAUCUGGAGCCGGUUACCGUCUCCAUGGCUUACGUUUACUUUGAGAAGCUCGUCCUCCAAGGCAAACUCAACAAACAGAACCGCAAACUGUGCGCUGGUGCUUGUGUUCUGCUCGCAGCCAAGAUCAGCAGCGAUCUCAGGAAACAUGAAGUUAAACACCUUAUAGAUAAACUAGAAGAGCGAUUCAGAUUCAACAGAAGAGAUCUCAUCGGUUUUGAAUUCACCGUCCUUGUAGCUUUGGAACUGGCUCUCUAUCUUCCUGAAAACCAAGUUUUACCUCAUUACAGACGGCUCACACAACAGUCGUAACCAAAGCCGCGUUGCAGCUGACAGCCAGCGGUGCUGGGGACGUCACUGAGCGCUGGGGACAUCGCCGCUGGCCUUUCGACGCUGCUGUGCGCAUCCUGCCACAGCUGCGCCGCAGUUUGGAGCCUGCGGGCUGUGAUUAAACUGUCGAGGUGUGUGUUACGGACACGUGUGCCAAGCCUGGGGGAUGGUACGAGAACAGUCAUUGAACUUUAUUUUCUUUGGACAUUUAAAGCACAAAUAUUCACUUGUCAGCUGUCAUGGCUGCUUAUUAUUCCUUAUUUAUCUUUUUGGUUUUACUAAAACUGUUCUUCCCUAUGAAGAAUACUAUGGUAUUGUUUCCUUUUUUUUUUUUUAACCUUUUAUUGUAUUCCUUGAAACUAAAGGAAGCAUCACUUCCAUUCCAGCGCACCAUGAAUUUCAGAUGUUUCCAAGAAUCCUCUCACGUUUUUACAUUAGUGAAAUGCAUACUUUAUUUUUUUAAAGAUGUGCCUAAAACUGGCUGGUCUGGUACCAGUGCUUUUUAAGUUAGUUAUGUUAUUUAGUGGGGAAUCAUGAAUUUGUAUAGCCAUUUAUUCUUUACCUGCGUUGGCCUUGCGUAUAAGGAAAACAAUUCCAGUAUAUCUGCACUAAUGAUACACAGGGCAUCUAUACUAUACUAUAGGUCUAUAAGUAGCAAAAUUGAAACUACUCUGUUCCAAUUUAGUUAACUAUUAAUACUUUAAGAACAUUUAUUUUAAAAGGAAGGAUUGUUUGAAAAUGUGUAAUGAAGUACCACGUGUUGAACAAGGUAGUUGCAGCAAUGCGAUUGCCAUCCUAAUUCACUCUUCAGUGGGAGAUUAGCCCUGGACUAAGAGCAAUUUUCUGUCAAAUGUAUAAUGAUUUUUAUCUGUUUCAGUGUUUGUAGUCUGAAAUAAGCACCUUUUUAGUACGACUGUAUUAUAUAUGGUCUUACAUGCUCUGAGCAAAUACCUAAGUCAGUAGAGCUGCUGCUGCCAAACUAAGCCAAUGAAACAAAGCAUGCUCAAUAUUUAAAAUGCUUUAUUUUAUUUAUUUUCACUCGGUUCUUCCAAGCAUUGCAUCACUGUGGUGGUCCUCAUAAAACUGGCAUUUGUUGCACAUCUGAACAGCCACUUUAAAUGGCUGGUGCCCAGCAGUGCUCUGAUGCUUACGCAAGGGUUAAAUAACUGCUCUGACCAUUGGCUAUUCCUUCAUUUAUUUUUAAAAUGUCCGGGUUGGGAAUGAACUCUUGAUUUUAUGCGGAACCUCCUGUGAUAUUGGCUCUAGGGUUUAUUUUCUGAAGCAAUAUUGGGGUACAAGUAACGGUGUCCAUUUGCAAGGAACAAAACUGAUGCUUGGCUAUUACGACUGAGAAAUUUGUAAUUUGAGUUUGACUCCUAAGUGGAAUACUAGACCUUGGACUGAGGCGAGAGACCUGCUAUCCAAUAUGUAAAGUAAUGUAAAUUCCUGUUCCUUGUAUUAAGUGUUGGUUGUAGCCAAAACCAAAGCUGAAUCUUUGUGCUUCAGCUGUGUUUUAUCUGAAGCUAAUUUGGCUUCAUUAGAAUUGCAGCAAACUUUACUGGAGCCCCUUCCUCUUUAGGGCUCAAAAUGUAUUUUUUUUGUAUAUCGUAAUUAGAGUCACUAUGAAAUCCUUUGUAACUGUGUUCAGCUGUAUGUAGCUUCAAGUUAUUUGUGUAAAAUUCAAUAUGCUUGUGACUUCUCUCUAACACAGAAGGGCUUUCCAGUCUCCAUAAGUGAGAUAGUAGCUCGUAAGUUAGACAGGCUUGCCAGUUAUCUUCCAAAAGGUUUAAAAAAUUGCCUACUAGUUAAACUUUCUACUGAAUAUAACUGUCCUUGCAUGCAAGAAAUAGUGACAUACUAAACAUCUAGUGUAUAAUGACCUUCAAAUUAGUAGAGAGAAGUGGUCCACCACUUUCUAAAGAAGUAGAACUGAGCAAAGAAAUUUCUUACACGGUAUCUCGAGAACUAGUAAAACACUUAGGUUAGUAUGAAUAAGAAAUUGUCUUUCUCUGGGAACCUCUUUGUUUAGUGUAUGAAGAGUUUUCUGUAACGAAAUUAACUUUCCUUUCUCACCAUCUAAGGAAAAACAAUACACUUUGGUUUGCAACACUUUGCGGUCUCUAUUCAGUGGAAGCUUGUCUAGCUGCAGUGGGUGUCAGGCUGGAGUUACACUCCCUGAAGUUACAGUUUCUCAUUAUAAACCGGCAAGCUUUUGUUUUCUUUUUCAGAAGAACAAGUUAGGAUAAGGAGCACUAAAUUACACGAUGCUUUAUGUUGUCUAAAGGUUACUCUACACAUCAGCUUGGGCACGUGCAGUGUUCCUGAGCAUAAAAAGCUGCUUGGAGCACAGGCCAAAACCAACUUGGUGUAGCAAACACCGGGCCGGUGUCUCUGGUAGAGCGCGGCUUUGGGGCCAAUGCCGUCCCGUGGCAUUGGUCUGUGCCUCGUACAUCGGAGUCUGUGCAGAAACAGCCCUUCUGCAGGGAUGUGGUGACUUGUGUCUGUCUAUGUGUUGAUUUUUCCGUUUCUGGAGCAUAGCUUGCAGUCUUGUGUUGGAAUCUAUUUUCACCGAAAAGCUGCCACCGUGUGGCAAAGGACUAUUAUUACCUUGUCCAUUAAUAAACUGGGACCCAAAAUAUUAAUAAUAUGCUGGCCUGACAUUUUCCCAGCCCAACUCCUUUUGCUUUGCAGAGAAGCGCUGGUUUAUGCCAAGGGUGUUUCUGGCGCUGUGUACAGAUGCUGGAGAGCUCUCUGGUGAAGAGGCUGUUGUACCUUGUCAUGUCAACAAUACUGGGUUUGUCUUACUCCAUUAUUUAAAGGUCUUUGUUGUAGCCCAUUCCGUAUUUUCCCCAUGAACUUGUGAGGUUAAGACGCUGUGAAAUAAACACUGUUUUGAUACGUGUUUUGUAACCAAA